UUCAACACUACUGUGAACCUCCGGCGACUGUCUACCAACUGUUCGACGAAAAGCCGCAGAGAGAAAAUGGCGGACGCCGCCGUGGAAUUCCUGCUGGAGAAUCUCAAGCAACUACUUCUCUACAACGCCAAACUGAUUACCGACAUCAAAGACCAGGUCGAAUUCCUCUACAACGACCUCACCUUGUUCAAAGCUUUCCUCAAAGAUUCGACCGAAAAGCGCAGCAAGCACGAGACUUUGAAGGAGCUGGUCAAGCAGAUCAGAAACGUGGUGUACGAGGCCGAAGACGCCAUCGAUUCGUUCGUCGCCCAAGCCGCUGCCCACAAGGCCCGGAAGCCCCUUUCCAAAGCUCUGCACAUGUUCGAUUAUCCGGCCAAGCUUCGCAAUGUCGGGAGGGAAAUCGAGUCGAUCCGGACCAAGGUUAAGGAUAUUUACGAGCAUAAGAAGUUUGGAUUCGAAAUCGUCAACGUCGGCGAUGGAUCUAACGGUGGGACGAAGGAGAAAAAGCCUCCAGUUGUUGAAGAAGACAACGUUGUCGGUUUCGAAGACGAGGCAGAAAAGGUGAUCAAUCUUCUAACCGGAGGGUCCGACGAACUACAAGUCAUUUCAAUAGUCGGCAUGCCUGGCCUCGGCAAAACCACCCUAGCCAAAAUGAUUUACCGCAAUUCCAAAAUCGAAUACGAAUUCUACAGCCGCGCAUGGGUGUACGUCUCACAAGACUACAGCAGAAAAGAACUCUUCCUCAACAUCCUCAGCAAUUUCACACAGCUCACAGAUUCCAUGUACAAAAUGAACGACGAAAAUUUAUCCAAAGAGCUCUACAAAUUCUUGGAAAAGGGAAAAUACUUAAUAGUUUUGGACGAUGUGUGGACCGAAGAAGCAUGGAAUGACCUCAAAAUCGCUUUCCCGAAAAACAAUAAACGGAGUAGAAUACUUAUAACCAGUCGUAUCAAGAGAGUUGCUAUACAUGCAAACCCUAAUUUAGAGCCUCAUAAUUUACGGUUUUUAACCCCCGAAGAGAGCUGGAAGUUGCUACAGAGAAAGGCUUUGGGUGCAGAGAAUUGCCCUGAGGAGUUUAUGAGAGAUGGCAUGCAUAUAUCAAACGAAUGUCAAGGGCUACCACUUGCUAUAGUUGUGAUCGGCGGGAUUCUUCUUGAAAAAGGAACCGAUUGGUGGGAAAGAGUUGCGAGAAGCGUCGAUGCUUAUAUUGCGAUGGACCAGGAUAAACGUGUGGACAAUUUCAUAGCUUUGAGCUACAAUCAUUUGCCGUACCAUUUAAAGGCGUGCUUUAUUUAUUUCGGGAUGUUUCCGGAAGAUUUUGAAAUACCCGUUUGGAAGCUCGUUCGUCUUUGGAUUGCAGAGGGUUUCAUACAACAGAAUCAAGAAAUGAGCUGGGAGGAUAUUGCAGAGGAGUAUUUGGAAGAUCUUGUGAGCAGAAAUUUAGUGAUGGUCGGACGGUUGAGAUCGAACGGCAAGAUUAAAACAUGUCGUAUACAUGAUAUGUUGCACGAGUUCUGCAAGAAGGAAGCUGCGGAGGAGAAUUUCUUCCAAGAGAUAAAACGGUUCGAUCGAGGCAGCUAUGUUUCUUCAAACCCUGCUUUGGAGAAGUACCGUAGACUAUGCAUACACACACGUGUGUUGAACUAUAUCUCUUCGAAGCCUGAGGGCCCACGUGUUCGUUCGUUCUUGUCCUUCUCGAGCGACGAGACUAUUUUGCCAACGGAGCAUAAUUCUACGAUUCCCGGUGCGUUUAAAUUGCUUAGGGUAUUGGAUGCCCGCUCUGUGAUUUUUACCCGUUUUCCAACUGAUCUUACCAAAUUGGUUCACUUGAGGUACAUUGUGCUCUCGAGCAAUUUCAAGAUGCUGCCUGAGGCAAUUUCGAGCUUAUGGAACAUGCAAACCCUAGUUGUGGAGACUUCUUCGAGGGUUCUUGACAUUAAAGCGGAUAUAUGGAAGAUGAUCCAACUGAGGCAUGUGAAAACGAACGCUUCGACUGUUUUGCCGGGCCCACUUUCGAGGUCGAGGAAGAGUAAAGAUGAAGUCUUGAUGAGUGGGACCCUCCAAACACUUUCCACAGUCUCGCCCGAGAGCUGCACGGAGGAGGUUUUCGCUCGUGCACCGAAUCUGAAAGUGCUGGGCAUUCGGGGGCAAUUAGGUAAACUUCUCGAAAUUAAAAACGGGAGUAUGUUGUUCGAUAGUUUGGGGAGAUUGAGUCAUUUGGAGAAUUUGAAGUUAAUAAACGAUGUUUUUCCUCGUCCGCCUUCUGAAGGGAGUUUGAGCAGACUUCCUCAUCCGUAUAAGUUUCCUCCGAACCUGAGGAAGUUGACAUUGUCGGACACUUUGCUCGAGUGGAAAGACAUGUCUACCCUUGGAAUGUUGGAGAAUCUUGAAGUGCUUAAGUUGAAGGACAAUGCCUUUAAGGGCGAGUGGUGGAAAACGGAGGACGGGGGUUUUAGGGGCUUGAGGGUCUUGCAUAUUGGGAGGACUAAUUUGGUUACGUGGAAUGUUGCUUCGGGGAAUCAUUUUCCGAGGUUGAGGCAUCUUUUUCUCAAACACUGCGGUUACCUUGCUUCGCUGCCGCUGGUGUUUGGGGAUGUGGUGUGCCUGCAAGUAGUGGAUAUUUACUGUACGAAUGAAUCGGUGGCGGCUUCUGCUAGGAAGAUUGAGGGGAGGAAAAUGGAGUUGCAGGGGAAGCAGAGUGGCAGAGGGAAUGGAUUUAAGCUGUCUGUUUAUCCACCGGAUCAGUGAUUUUUUUCGUUCAAUUUGUGCAAUGUUGGACAAAUGAAAGGAGAUGAGUUUUACAGUUCACUUUAUUUGGUAUGUUCUGCUUCAGGAGAUGUGUGUUUUGUGGUUGGUGUGUGUGUGUGUGUGUGUGU